AUGGCGUCCGGUUGCUGCAGGGUUCCACGGCAGCCAGUACUGGGUCCCGGGCCGGGGCUGGGGAAAUCGGCGUUGUUCCGGGCCCGGGUGCCGGGGCCCAGGGCGGGCGAGGCCGCUCGCUCACAGCGGUGGCGUGCGCUGGUCAGGCCUGCGGGCAGAGGCAGGGCUGCCCCGCUGGGAACGCGCUCGGCCGGGGCCUGGCCCGCGCCCCAACGGCGAGAUGCUCUUCUCUCUGCGGGAGCUGGUGCAGUGGCUGGGCUUCGCCACCUUUGAAAUCUUCGUGCACCUGCUGGCCCUUCUGGUGUUCUCCGUGCUGCUGGCACUGCGCGUAGACGGCCUGGCCCCAGGCCUUUCCUGGUGGAACGUGUUCGUGCCCUUUUUCGCCGCCGACGGGCUCAGCACCUACUUCACCACCAUCGUGUCUGUGCGCCUCUUCCAAGAUGGGGAGAAGCGGCUGGCUGUGCUGCGCCUCUUCUGGGUUCUCACGGUUCUUAGCCUCAAGUUCGUCUUUGAGAUGCUGCUGUGCCAGAAGCUGGUGGAGCAGGCUCGAGAGCUCUGGUUCGGCCUGAUCACGUCUCCGGUCUUCAUUCUCCUGCAGCUCCUCAUGAUCCGUGCCUGUCGCGUCAACUAGCCUCAGUCAGGAACCAGAGAGAGGACAGCACAGCUGGAGUGCCGGUCCUGGACCUGAGGCCCUACUUGAGCCACACCGGAGUUCUUGGACUGAAGGCAGCGCCUGCUGGUGCCCAGCUGAGUACCCAGUUUUUUCUCUGCCAGUCAUGCCUGAGGUUUUUCCUCAUCGGGGCUAAAGAGAACAGCCUCGAUUCCUGAGAUGUAUUUCCUGUUAUCCAUGCUUUGAGUUGCUAAUCCUGAACUGAGAUCCUGAGAAGGCCCCCAGGCCAGUUGGAAACUGCAUAUAAAUUGAGGGUCCUGCUGGGCUUUGAGCAUUUUCCGUGCCUCCUGGGGAUGUACUCCUUUCCAAAAGUAGCAAAGCUGGACUUGGGGAUUUUGUCCAGCCAGCAGCAGCGACCUAAGAGCUCAUUGCUCUUUCCAUCCAGAGCAUGCAUCCUUAGACUGUUGAGCUCUGAAAGUGUAAGAAACUUUGUAUCUCCUUCCCUGUGUCAGGGGAGAGAAUAGCCCUUUUUUCAUUCCUGCCAGGCAGGGAAGAAAACUGUUAAGAGCGUGACUGGGACCCUGUCUGGAUAUCUGCUACCUGAGUAAAGAACUCAAGGCACUGCUUGGUGUUCUGUUGUAGCAGGUUGCAGUUUCAUGGACUUUUCCACCACCUGGUGGCCUGCACCAUUAGCGCAUCUGGGACAGAUUUAGGCCUCCGGAGGGAACCAAAGAUAGGAACAGGUGCUGCGAUCAUGGUGGACAAGGAGACCUGCAGAUGGGAGCUUGUGAGCAGCCCAGGUUUGUUGGCCUGAGGUCCUUGGUUUGAUGUGUCAGGUGCCAAGUGAGAACAUUUGCUAACAUGAAAAUAAAAUAAGAGAAUGUUUUCCUGAAAUGAAAA